AUCAAAGAAACAAGAAUGUAUGACACGAUGUGCGGGCUCAGAAAGAGGCCGAUGACAGGACAGUAAACCUAGUAACAACACUUCAUUAUGAAGUUUAGAAAAAACUGCAAGCGACGAUAGAUGACUUUAUGACCUACAGUCCAGGUGCAGUCAACCGAGACGUGAUCACAGGGUGUUGUGACACCAAACAUGGCGAGCAGAGAGGUUACUAGACACAACAGGGAGGUGCUGGCAAGUCUAGACGUAGGAGACCUGGUAGAGUUUCCACGUGGAAAUUACUCUCACUGGGCUGUCUACCUGGGUGGCAAAGAUGUGAUUCAUCUGGCAGGAGACGACAACGACGGGCUGAAUGCACAGCUGAACCCAACUUACUUAACCAGCUUCAGCGGUCAGUGCUUCAACAAGGCCAUUGUCCGCAUUGACAGCUUCUACCAUGUUGCUGGGACGGACAAGGCACAACGCAGCAACAUUCUGGACGAGAAAAAACAACCACUGCCUCGUCGCCAGAUCGUGCAACGGGCUUUGUCCAAGCUCGGUGAGGAGGGCUACAACAUCCUCAUGAAGAACUGCGAGCACUUCGCCACCUGGUGUCGCUAUGGAGAGGCCAGCAGUGACCAGGUGGAAUUCUGGGUGGACAAAGCCACCCAGAAAUGCAAUGUGAUGUAAUGAUUAGAGCAUUUUGAAGCUCUUUGGUUCAGAAGAGGCUUUUGAAAGUAGAGUUGGUGUAAAGGUACUUGCUAGAUGAUCCAGAAGAGACAGCAUGUGCACAAUACAACUGUUCACAUUACAUGAUAAACUGUUUAUAACAUACAAUAAACUAUUCACAAUAUGAAAUAGAACAUUCAAAGUACGCAAUAAAAUGCUCACAGUGCACAAUGCUGUUCACAGUUGUGACACCCGUUAUGCAAUACACUCGUCCCUUGCUAGCUGACUGAUGCUAAGUUUCUCUGUUCCUGACUAAAAUCACUUAUAUAAAGCAGACCCUAUCAAAAGACAAAAGUAAUUGUACUCCACUGAGUCCUCUCAGUUAAGUCGCUUGAUUACUGAAUUUGGAUGCUGCUUGACUCGCAAAAUAUAUAUAUCAUUAAAAAAACUAUGUUAAGGUAUACAUUUUUUGUUAAAAUAUAGUGUAACUGUAAAUAUUGGCUAAAACUACUUAAGAUUUCCAGAAAUGAAUACCAUUGUAGAUAACUUUCACAAGAAGAAAAAUACCUAAGUGCACGCCUCGCUAAGUAUUAAAAUUGAAAUCAAAAUAUUGGGCGAGCAGUCCUUCACUUAGGCUUGACCACACUGUCAAACUCACUGCCAUUUUCAGUUCAUUAAGUAAUUUUAGAGACUUUCCUGUUUCGGUAACAUUUCUCGCAGCAGAUCCAUUCCCACUGCAGUCUUGUCUUGCACAGACUGACACACAGAAUUGUGCACAGACUUGUGUGUGUGUGUGUGAGAGAGAGAGAUAAAUAGAGAUUUGGUUGUAGAGAUUACCUUUAUUUUCUGUCCCCAAUAAAUUGUAAUCCACAUGCAUUGUCAUAGAAAUGGAAAUACUAAAUGAUCCUGUCAUAUAGUUUAAUUUAAAAUCACGCCUACACUUUUGUUUACAACUUUCAAAUGUGUUUGAAAGAGCAAGGGUAAAAAUUAAGAAAGGACAUAUGGGUAUAUUGUGGAUAUCCACCAUAUUUGUUAAUCUAUUGGCUAUCUGUACAGAAGGGACAAAAGAGAAAGUGACAAAUAAAAAAUAUACAGACACA